AAAGCUUCUAAGCAGUAAACGUGCAGGAAAGCACACUGAAAACAUUUGAUGUCAUUCAGGCUGUUUCAGAGGAACGUACUGAUUUAAAAUAGUGCACAAGGACCCCUAGUGGAAGUUGUGGGUAAGUUCAGGUAGGGAGAACCAUUGAGAAGAUGUAUAAGUGGUGAUAUCGUGACGUGCUCCAUUCAGUGUGAGCCGAGUGAGAGCAAAGGAGGUUCUCCACCUCUAGGACUCUCCUUUACACCUACUCUUCCAGAAGCGGGACAGCCUGAUAAAAUGGAUAACAAUUUUCACAGUGAAGGCUGAAAACAGCUGAGGGAUCACCUCCAAGCAGCAAAGGACUUUCCCGGUUCCUGGAGUCCUUGUCGUGCCACCUGUUAAGUUAAAGGGUUGCCUGUGUACUGGCUAAUUAUGCCUGAGGAAAACUAAUCAGUUCUCUGACAUCUGUGGAGAAUUAGGCGUGCGCUUUGGGCAGCAUGGAGGACAUCUUCAAGGAUCAAGACUUGUGGUCCUUCAAUGAGUCAUCUAGAAACUCCAGCAUCACCAAUGAAACUUACGGCGUGAACCAGACGGUGAACCCGCUGAAGCGGAACGAAGAGGUGGCAAAAGUGGAAGUUACUGUAUUGGCCUUGAUUCUCUUUUUGGCACUCGCCGGUAACCUUUGCGUCCUCGUUGCGAUCCACACGGCCAAGCAUAGUCAAUCUCGCAUGUAUUAUUUCAUGAAGCACCUCAGCAUUGCAGAUCUAGUCGUGGCUGUCUUCCAGGUACUUCCUCAACUCAUCUGGGACAUCACGUUUCGCUUUUACGGACCAGACAUCCUGUGCAGGUUGGUGAAAUAUCUCCAGACGGUUGGGAUGUUCGCCUCCACGUACAUGCUGGUGCUGAUGUCCAUAGACAGAUGUAUGGCAAUCUGCCAGCCGCUUCGUUCUUUACACAAGCGAAAGGACCGCUGUUACGUGAUUUGUUCUUGGGCACUAAGCUUGCUUUUCAGCAUCCCACAGGUUUAUAUUUUCUCCUUGCGGGAGGUGGGUUCAGGAGUAUAUGAUUGCUGGGGAGAUUUCGUGCAGCCUUGGGGAGCGAAAGCCUACAUUACGUGGAUUAGUCUGACAAUAUACAUCAUUCCAGUGACCGUUCUGAGUGUCUGCUAUGGACUGAUAAGUUUUAAAAUAUGGCAAAACUUUAAAAGGAAGACGAAGAGGGACCAGAGUAUCACUCUCACACCCAAGGCAUCGAAAGGCAACGCGCUCGCGCGGGUCAGCAGCGUCAAACUCAUUUCCAAGGCCAAAAUCACCACCGUUAAAAUGACAUUUGUUAUCGUACUGGCUUAUAUAGUGUGCUGGACUCCGUUUUUCUCCGUACAGAUGUGGUCAGCAUGGGAUCCUGAAGCACCAAGGGAAGCAAUGCCCUUCAUCAUUUCCAUGUUGCUGGCCAGUCUGAACAGCUGCUGUAACCCCUGGAUCUACAUGUUUUUUGCUGGGCAUCUCUUCCACGACCUGAAGCAGAACCUGCUGUGCUGCUCCACGCUCUAUCUGAAAUCCUCUCAGUGCCGCUGUGAUCCGGAGCAAGAUUCCCGUAAGAGCAACUCCUCCACCUACGUCAUCAAAAGCACCAGCAGCCAGCGGAGCAUCACCCAGACCUCCGUCACAUAAACCAGACGUACCUCAAAGCCAGUUUUUCACAUUUUUGAAAGCCAGACAGGAAAGCUCAAAUAUAAACCCACACAAGACUGCAAAUGUCACAGUCGGUUUUGCUUCAGCGGUGUUUUGGUUUGGGAAUUAUUCAGAAUGUCAUUUUCAUUACUCCACUUCGUUUUCUUAUCUCUGAGGACAUUGAGCUGCAGUAAUCUAUUCCUUACCUUCAUGUAUUGUGUUUCUAGACAAUACAGAAGGAACGCCGUUCGAAUCCAGACCAUGUUUAUGGGUCUAUUUACAUUUAGUCACGUCCUUUAAAUCGCAAUCUGAUCGUGCAUGCGUGUUAAGUUUGCCCUAGGUCUUGCGAAACUGGCUGCACUUGAUGUGGCUCAUCAAAACUUUGACGAUUGUGGUACAAAAUAUAACAACCGUAAUGUGCCGCAUUGUGUUCGGGGCUCACGAAACCGCCAUACGCUGACAUAAACUUCGCAUAUGUGGCCCGAACAGCCGGAUGGAUCUACACUUGGCCGAGUCUCAAACCACCAGAUUGGAUUUCUGUCCCUCUUAAAAGUAUCUUAGAGUGUAAAUAGUCCUGAUCUGAUGUAAACAUGAAAACCCACCAAAUCUUAAAGAGACAGUUGACCCAAAAAUGAAAAUUCAUACUUAUUCUCAUGGCUCCCCUUGAAAAAGAAGCAAUGAAAAGUAAUGCAAUCGACUGACUUAUUUUCAGAAAACAAGUCUGUAUUAAAGGCAACAGCCUUUAAGAAAGCAACUGUCGCUCAUUGCACAAAAGAGUUCACAUGUGGUUUGAGACGAGGAGGUUAACAAUACAAAUGAAAACAAGAUGUUGAUGACACAUCAAGUGUUUCUUCUGAAACUUAAUGAGAAACAUGGCCAGUUGCUCUUUUUAAAGAACUUGACCUGUCAAAAAAGAACGCGUUUGUUUUUUUUAAAACCACGAGCACUUUUCCUUUUUGGCACAUACACAUGUUCUUGUUGUUAUCACUGUUCUGUAUUGAUUUACAUGUAAACUUUAGUGUCAUGCCCAAAGGACCACAUCUCUUUGCAAGAUGUUUCUGCAAUGCUUCGUGGUAAUCAAACAUGACAAACACCCAAUUUGUUUUCAGAAAGUGGUGGACUGAUUGUUUACUCCUUCACUUUUAUGGUUGUUUGUCUUGAGAGAGUGUUUAUAAUCAAUGAGAUUAAAGUGUUUAUUCCAGUUACAUAUUUUGCUUAAUACUGCUCUAAAAAGUUGAUUUCAGCCUAUGUUUGUUGCUUCAUCUUUAUAAAAUAUUCUAAAGAAAACACGUUUACAAGAGGACAAGUGGAUUUCACACGAUUGUUUAUGAAUGCUGCAAGACAAAGAAAAUGAUAAAGGCAGUAUUAACAGCAGAAAAUAUUUAUUUUAUAAGGUUUAAAUACACUAUUAAAUGAUAUGCUUGUUAUGUUCCCAUUUAAAAAGCUACUGAUUUUUUUCCUCAUGGAAAAUAUACUGCCUAUUUACAUUCACUAUGUGUAGCUGUAGCUUUUAUUUAUUGAA